AUGAGUGGCUCAGAGGAAGAAGGAACUAGAGCGGAGCCUCGCAGUCCGACGAGGGCCCAGCGAACAUCGUCUUCUAAUUUUGUUAGAAGCCCCUCAGAUACCAGCAGCAGCAGCAACAGCAGCAGCAGCAAUGCAGGACAACAGAAGCUCACGACCUCCCAGCGCGUCUGUCAGCUUCUCCUUGAGCGCCAUGGCAGCAGAAUAAUUCAAUUGCUGCUGCAGAACGACGAAGGGAAGCGACUGCUAAAGGAAUUUCUCGCUCUUUCUUUCAGCCCUGCUGAACAAGAGGGCGGCAAUUGCUUCGUUCAUAUCAUAGAGAAAGAUCCUGAGUCUUUGCUGCCCCUUCUCCUAGCGAAAUCAGGCGACAAAGGCGUUGCUCGGGGUCUUUCCGUUUGUUUGCUGCGCGGUGUAUCGAACACAGCAGCAGAAUUUCUUCAGCCAGUUGUUGAGGCGCUGGCUGACGCAAUUCUGCAGCCUUUGGGGGAGCAGAAGGCAGCAGCAGGAGCUCCAGAAGAUACAGCUCAAGCAGCAGCAGCAGCUGAUGCUGCUGCUGCUGAUGAUGAAGGUGGUGAUGGAACGGGUAGUAAGAGACAAGAUGAAGAGACAAACACGGAGGCACCGACAAAGCAGCGGUCUCGCGUGCAGGAGCUGAUAAGGGAGCAGCAGCGGAGGUGUCAGCAGCAGCAGCAGCAGCAGCAGUUGCUGCGGCAGCGCAGCAGCGGGGUGCGCGACUCAGCAGAAGGAUCUCAAUUGAGUGUGGAGACAGGAGUAGGCAAGCGCAGCCAAGUCCAGCACGAAAAGCUGCUAAUUCAAGCCCUGAUUUUUGCUGCUAGUACGGAGUCUGAAGCAGCAGCAAACCUCUGCGAUCAACUUGUUAACUUCUCUCCUGCUGUCUUAACCCGAGUAAUUAAAAUUGAAGUCUCCAGAAACGCAGCAGAACAAAACCCUGCAGCAGCUGCUUCACCCACUGCAGCACCACCUGCUGCAACCCCCGAGGCAAAGAACUCCCUCUGA